AUGAAGUCAUGCGACCUCUAUCUCAGAAGUCUACUCUUCAGCAUUCUCGUGAGUGCUGGAAGUUCAAAUUAUACCCAUCAACCUGAAGAACUUAGAGUAAGAGAUGUUGAGGUAACUGAAACUACAACUUCUUACUUUGAAGAGGAUAUUGAAGUGGGCUUAAAGGACAGAGAUAGGAUUAAUACUAUCAAUGAAGAUCAUUUUUUACUGAAUAUUCUAUGGUUGCAUAAUGAAUUUCGUAGAAACAUAACCGACGGAAAGGUACUUGGCCAACCUAGGGCUGCUGGACUUCACGAUCUCAUUUGGGACGAAGGUCUUGCACAACUGGCCAAAGGUACUUCUAGAACAUGCAAAUUUGCUACCACAAGUACGUAUGAAUAUGACAGAAUUGGCCAGAAUAUUGCCUUGCAGAGUAGCGUCGAAAUGGGCUUUAAAGUAUGGACGGAUGAAAGCAGACAUUACAAUUAUCGCACAAAUCGUUGCUGGACUUACUGCUAUAGUUACAAGAAGAUAGUGUCUGCGCUAACAAAGUACUUAGGUUGUGGAGUAACUGAGUGUCAUGGUUAUCAUCUUCUGAUCUGUAACUAUGGUAUUGGCAAUAUUCUAAGCGGACGGCCUUAUCCAAUGAGAACAGUGAGACCAAUGAGACCUAGGAGAUAA